ACUGACAGACUGCAACGGUUGGAGUUAAAAAUCAUCAUUUGUGUUCUACUGAAGAAACAAAGUCACCUACAUCUUGGAUGCCCUGGGGGUAAGCAGAUAACCAUCAAAUUUUCAUUUUUGAGUGAACAAUCCCUUUAAGGGAAAUAAAUUACAAAUGACAAUUCAAAUUGACAAUUGAGGGUAGCAUCACAGAUGAUAUCCUAUAUAUAGUAUAAAGAAAACUUUGAUUUUGAAUGAUUUUAAAUAGCUUAUAGCCUUUUGCUGCUAAAUCACAAUGCUGGAGCUGCAUGUUUAUCACUGUUGUAUUAGAUGUAGAAUUCACAAAUAUUUAAGAGGUGUUUGAAAUAUUUAAAACCAUUGCUAGAGAAAAAGACAUGCCUGGAAUUUUUACUCAAAACCUUAUAGUUACUGAGAUAGGCUAUAACCCUUGUGACAACAUCCUUCUGUGACAGCUAAUGUCUCAUUUCAUGCAGGCUUUAGAGAUUCCUCAUGGGCUGUCUAAAAUUUCCCCUGACCACAAGGAACACUGACCUUCCUAUUAUAGAAACAAACAAACUAAAGCAACACGUAGACAAAUUCAAUGCAGUGUGAGUAUAGGAUACCUCAUCUGUUUUCGAGGUUUGCAAACUCAGUAGACACUGCAAAGAAUAGGCUAAUUUGUGGAUUUAGUAGGCUAUGCUUGGUGUUUUGCUCACUGGAUAAAUUAUUUACUAUUAUUCACAAUAAGGAAAACUCUUAAAAUACCGUAUCUGUUCUGAGGAUUCUGUUAAUACCUUUGUUCGCGUGCAGUCAGUGCGUGUCUGCAGCAAUCUCGCCAAAUACAGGCUCAAUACCUCUCUUUCAAAUUCUCACGCGCCUCUAGAAGACGCCGACGGAUGCGGUGACGUUUUAUUGUAAGCGCCCACCUUUCAUUUUAAGAAAUAAAGCGCUAUUGUCACUCUCAGUGAAGCAUGUUCGCUAAAAACCGAGUAGUCACACUGACACGUUAUUUAGCGUGAUAUGCGUUUACUCGUUUUUUUUUUUUUUUUUUGACACUUGGAUUUGGCUAUGAUCAUUCAUAACGAUCUCAUACGGGUAUGUUGGUAAUUUCUCUAUCGUAUUGUCUAUGGCUCAUCAUAUACACUGUUUAGACAUCAUUAUUUGCAUACAGUUACAUAUUUUAGUAACCCAAUGCUCUCGAAAUAUUGUAGCCUAUAUGACCCGUAUUAUUGUAUACCAUGUUCGUAUAUUUACACAGCUAGUGAAAUGAAGUUGAGUGAUGUGGCAUGAGACAAGCGCGUAAAUGACGCCGUCACUACCGUAUCGCUCCAUCUAUGACAUUCAUUGUGAUCUGUGCUGUGAAAACAAAAUCAUGCCUUUUUAUAUCUGAAAUAUGCCUUUCAAUAUCGUGAUUUUGAAAAGGCAGCUGUUUAGCGAUAAUAUCACUACGUAAUGCAAAUUUAACCAAUUCUGCAAUAUGCAGUCCUGUCUGGGACAUAUUAUGCUCGGGAAACGUAUUUCCAAAAUGUUUCACGUUUUCGAUAAUUUUGAGAAACUGGAGAAAACGCGCGUGUUAAUCAUGAUGGACAAGACAUCAUAACGCUCCAGCUCUAGUCACCAUAACGUGCGCGCGGCGAGAGUCGCGAGACCCUAGCCGAAGAAUUAUAGUGGCGCCUCAGAUAUGAAUGAUGAUGGAGGCGGAAAACGCGGAGAGCUGGUUUCCUCUGACAGAAAACGGAACCACAAGUUUAAACGCCUCGAACCUGGGUUUCCUAAACGCGUCGUCUCCGGUGGGUCUGUGGGGUGAUGCACAGAAUACAGAGGUGACACGGCUGGAGGAGAUCCUGCACGCGCAGGAAAGAGCCUACAAAGAUUUCACCACCACCAUUCAAGUUUUCAUCCUCAUCGGCUCUCUUUUGGGCAAUAUUGCAGUGCUAUGGUGCACUUGUUACACCAAUGUCUUCAAGUCUGUCACAAAUCUCUUCAUCAAGAACCUGGCGUGUUCUGGCAUUUGUGCUGGCUUGGUGUGUGUGCCCUUUGACAUAGCCCUGAAUGCCAGUCCCCUAUGCUGCCUAUGGGUUCAUACACUCCUGUUGUGCAAAACUAUCAAGUUCCUACACAGGCUUUUCUGCUCCGCCACUGUGCUAAACUUCGCUGUCAUCGCCAUGGACAGGUACUACUCAGUGUUGUAUCCACUGGAGAGAAAGAUAUCAGAUGCCAAAUCCAGAGACCUGGUCAUCUACAUCUGGGUGCAUGCCGUGGUGGCCAGUGUCCCGGUUUUCGCCAUAAGCAAUGUGACGGAUGUCUACGCCACCUCGUCUUGUUCUGAUGGCCAAUCGCUUGGACAUCUGGUUUACAUGGUCACAUACAGCAUCACCACACUUAUUUUACCACUAGCAGUGGUGUUUCUAGCGAUGGCACUAAUCCGCCGUGCAUUAAGCAGCAGCCAGAAGAAGAAAGUGAUCAUCGCAGCGCUGCGCACCCCUCAGAACAGCAUUUCUAUCCCAUAUGUGUCUCAGCGUGAGUCUGAACUUCAUGCCACUCUGUUGUCUAUCGUCCUAGUCUUUGCACUCUGCAGCACUCCCUACGCCGCUCUGGUGAUAUACCGUGCAGUGCUAGGGGCUGCAAAAGCCUCGUCUUGGUUACAACUUACUGCUAUGUGGCUGCCAAAGGUCUCUCUCCUCACCAACCCAUUGUUCCUCCUCACAGUAAACCGCUCUGUGCGACGUUGCCUUCUUGAUAUGCUAGCACGGCUGCAUCGACGCUAUAGCCGAAGGAACAUGGUCAACGUUGGAGGUCUGGCUGAGGUAGGGCCACUAGGGGGCGAGACUGUGGUUCGCUCUGGUAGUCAACUCCUGGAGAUGUUCAAUAUCGGCCAACAGCAGAUCUUCAGGCCAAAUGAGGAUGAAGAAGAUGAGAAUGAAAUUUCAUCUGUGGCUUCUGCCAACUUCCAAAACAAAGAUGAGGGAGAGGGUGGAAAUGGAAUGGCGGCAGGAGAUGUGCGUCAGCCACAGUCAGGGGACGGGGUUAAAGAAGAGGGCUUAGUCUUACCAAAACAUUCCCCUAUUCAGUCGUGUGCCUACUCCUCUUCGCAGGUCGCCCCCGCGACUCCCACGGACCCCGAGGAUGCAACUCAGUUUGGUUUUGGGCCGUUUGAGCUGCCUCCUCAAUGGCUGCCUGAAACCAGGAACAGUAAGAAAAGACUCCUGCCUCCGUUGGGUAACACACCAGAAGAGCUGAUCCAGACCAAGCAGCCUAGAGUUCGGUCCGAGAGACGCAUCAGUAGAAACAAUAAAGUUAGUACCUUCCCUAAUGUGGACCCCUAAAACACAGAGUGCCAUGGACCAAAUCAUAAGAAGCCAAGAAGAAGGACUGUCUGUUUUAUAUCUGAAGUUAUUUUGGGAUCGUUUUCUAUGUGAGUGCAAAACAAUGAAGGAGAGAACUCAUGAAGAGUUUACGUUUACAAUAGGAAGUAGGCAGAGUUUACAUGCUUUCUUGCUGUCUUUUUGGGCAAUUUAAUACAAUCGUUCAUCUCCGUGUACUGACAGAACAGGAAAUUGAUCUUUCACAAGAAAAUGCAAGAAACACCAUAUGGUAGGCAUGGAUUGUUUGACAUUUGUUUUGUUGGAAUGGUGAAUAAAAUUAAUCACAAUCGUUAUUAUGUAGAUAUGUCCAUGCUGUGUUGAAUGUUACUAAUGUGUCCGGCUCAACUUGUUGAAACGUCACCCCACUGCCGACAUUUUAUUUAAAAACAUAAUCUAUUUCAAAUAUCUUGAACAGCUAGCUAGCUAGAAACGAAUUUACUCCCAAUUCAAAUAUAUAAAUGUAUUUUUAUGUACACUACCAUCACAAUGCUAUUAAAAUGCUGCUCUGGAAUAUGCUGGUAAUGGAAAACCAAUGUGGGUUUAUAUGCACAAAUACUCAAUAAUGCUGUUGGCAAAGAUGAUUUAUUAUUGACAAAAAAUGGGUAAGGAAUGUUUUAAUCCCAUGCACUGAAGUUUUCAUAUUCUACAUCUUUGCAGCUAUAAAUUAUUAUUUCAGUUUGUUUGUGGAGGGAUAUGGCUUUCCUGUUAGAAAACCAAGACCUCAGAUUUACUGUUUCUAUGGGGUGAAACAAAAUGAGAAUUCUUGACAAGUGUUGUUUGGAACAAAACAGUUUAAUCAUACUACGUAAGCAUUGUGACUCACAGGCUUUUGUUUGGCUUUUGUUGUUAUAAUUCUUCAACGCUUUCAUUUAAUUAUACCUUUUCUUCAAAAGCCAGGCCAUUCUCAGGCUAAUUAUACUUGUAUUUGUAUUUCUUACAAAUCAGUUAUUUUGAAGAAAUCCUUUCUAUUCCAAAAGUAUAUGUCCAGCUGUACUUAAAAUCAACAUUGGGUUGUUAAAAAGCUAUAACUGAAAUACUUGAAUUCUAGCAAAACAAUGCAAAAAGGAACAUUGUUUUAAAACCUAAAUGUUCAGAAAAUCUCUAAAGCCUAUUUCUUGGUAGUGGUAAUUAAAUCUGUUCUACUGAGUGACCAGUUCCUCAAUAAUUGACCCGUAUUUAUUAUAAAGUAUGUCUCAUUAUACGCAAUUCAUAAAAAGGAAACAUUGUUUCUUUGAGUUAAUCUUCUUUUAUGGCAAACGCAAAGCUAAAGAUUAGGCUCUUGCAUGUGACUGAGAAGAAAAAACGUAUUAAAAAGGGCAGCGUAUUUCCCCCAUAUGCCAGUUUUGGUGUCAUUAAUUAAAAUGUCUUGAUGUAUUUUGAAGAUUUAUUGUGUUUUAUAAAUCCAGAAACCGCUAGCUUGGAUUUCUAUAACUACAACACAACGGGUAUGUGGAAUUAACAUAAUACUUUCUGCUUUUUUCCCCCCACAAUGCUUGAAUGUAUAAAAGGUCAAGUGAAAGUUUUGUUUGGAAAUACAGUGAUUGUCAUCCAUUUACUUGGCACUUUUAAAACAUUUUUUUAAAUGCCUUUUUCAUGAUUUACAAAACAUUAGUUAAAUUGAUGGAAGCAGGACAUUUCUAUCAAAUUUAGCUAAACUAAAUACCUCAAAAUUGGAGGCAAGGGUUUAUUUAAUUAGAGUUGCUUAGCAACUGAUAACCCAGCUUGUGCCAUGCAAUGGUUGACUUAAUUGGAUGAGAGUUUCCUGGCUUUUUGUUGCGUUCUUCCAAUGGCUUUCAUUAAAUAGCUCAAAUAAUAAUGUCUCUGAUGUCAGCUUUGAUAUUAAAUCUGUAUAGGUCCUCAGAGGCUGGUCAUAUUAUUUUUUUGCUUGCACUUGAGUAAGCAUACAGCAAUUUCAAACUUUAGAAACUCUAUUAUUGUUAAUAUGUUGGUAUGUUUCCAUUAUUACUUAGACUUAAUUUCAAAAUGACUAAUAUAAUAACAUUAAUAACACUACUUAUACUACUAAUAAUAAAUUAAACUUAUUUGAAUUUAA